AUGAUGGAGGAAUUCUGGCAGCUGUCGAUAGAGGGAGCAGGUGGUGAUGAACCUGAAAAUAAUUUCAACGAAGAUACUAUAACCAAUAUAGAUUUGGCCGCCAUUUCAAAAUUAACUAUAAGCGAUUCAACGACGAUGACAUCUGCUUCUCAUAGCUAUGUUGAUAAGUUACCUGAAGAUAUGCGGAAUAAGAUUAUGCCUCAUUUUCCAACAUGUCCAUCUCCGUUGCGGUACUCUGUGACAGCUGUUAAUGUUGGAGAUGAAAUGGAUAUAGAUUCGGACAGUUCGAACGCAGAUGAUAGUGAGAAGAACGACAGUCAACUAGAUGAAAUAGAAGAAAUAGUACCUGAUGAUGAACCUGAUGUCCAGGUCGAGGACGUGGAUUUGGGUGCAAAUAGUCGAUCAAUGAUUAAGGCUUUAUUUUCACCUACUAAGCUGGGUGUUGCUGCAGCAACUAGAGAAAUGGACAAGAGUAGGGAAAUCAAGAAUGCCGUUGAGGAUAACUCCAGUAAGGUUAUAACUUUUUUACCCUCAUUAUCAUCUAGUGCUGACCUCAGAAUAUCUGCAACUGACAAAGCGCUUGGCCAAGAAGGCGAUUAUGAAGUGCUUAAGAAUCGCUUCAAUGAUAGACCAGUACAAGUCCAGGUUAACAACCAUCACUACUAUUACUCGCAACCACCAGAUCUGGACCCUAGCUAUGCUUUAGGGGCAGCAGCGAACAAAUACAAUCUACCAAUGCCCUGGUCGCCGAAAGCAAAUCCGGUGUCUAAACACUCAUAUGCAUUAACAACGUAUCUGCAACUGGUUCUAAAUACCUCAGCAGUCGUUUUACUAACUUCUAUUAUCCUUUCUUUGUUCAAAGCAUUCAAAACCGAUAUACAAUCAUCUUGGUCAUAUGCAGAGGGCGAACUAGCAUUCGAAUCUAGGCAUUGUCGACAGCAGUACGAAACAAAUCUUUGUCAUCCAUCUAGCCGGGUGCCAGCAUUGGAGCAAAAGUGUAUGGAGUGGGAAAAAUGCAUGCUUCGAAACAACGAUGUCUACUUCAGAACUCGCUCCACUCUUAGUGCUCGCUUGAUAGGAGACGUCAUAAAUUCAUUGAUAGAGCCAUUGGGGUGGAAAGCACUAGCUGCUAUAUUUUUCGGUCUACUAAUGUGGUUUUUUAGUUCUAACUUCAUACUAGGUUUUGCAAGAGCCAGAAGCUAUUAUGGCUCCCCUAACCCUACUACACAAGUACAACCAGAAAUACUUCGGCUGGAAGAAAACUGCUCAAACGAAAAAGAGUCAAAUUCAACUAAUUCGAGCUGA